AUGAAAAUUUACGAUCCCGACACGGAUUCCCUGUUUAGAUUAUCGAUCGGGGAUUUGUAUCUUUUGGAAAAAGCACCCUGGGAAGCACCCAACGAAAAGAUAAACGUUUGUCAAGACAAAGGACAAUCCGACGAAGAUUGUCAUAAUUACAUAAAAGUCCUUUUGGGUAAUGGUAAUCUUUUGUUCACGUGUGGAACAAAUGCAUUUUCACCGGUUUGCACGUGGAGAGAGAUAACGAAUGUUAAUAACAUAAUCGAUUGGGUACCCGGUGUGGCAAAAUCACCCUACAGUCCUCAUGCGAAUAUCACAGCCAUAAUGACGGGUAAAAAACAAUAUUUUGUCGGUUCUCCGACGGAUUUCAGUGGAACGGAUUCCGCCAUAACGAGAACAAAUGGAAAUCCGGAAGCUCAACCGCUCAGAACAAAUCAAUUUGAUUCAAAAUGGUUGAACGAACCGCAAUUCGUUGGAAGUUUCGAAACUGAUAAAUUUGUUUUCUUUUUAUUCAGAGAAGCUGCCGUCGAAUAUAUCAAUUGUGGAAAGAUCGUUUACUCGAGAAUCGCAAGAGUUUGUAAAAAUGACGAAGGGGGUCAAUUAUUAUUAAAAGAUAAAUGGACGACAUUUUUAAAAGCUCGAUUAAAUUGUUCCCUACCUGGUGAUUAUCCAUUUUAUUUUGACGAAAUCCAAGGAAUGGCGUAUAAUUCUGAACAGAAAAUGGUGUAUGCCACAUUCACUACUCCGAGAAACAGCAUACCUGGAUCUGCCAUAUGUGCGUUUAACAUGAGCGCAAUCGAACAAGCAUUUUCCGGUCCUUUCAAACAUCAAGUACAUCCGGGUGCGGCAUGGGAAAAAGAUUAUUCCCAAAAUCGUGAUCAUUUCGAAUGCGAAGCUCCAUCACUCACGAGACAUUUAAUUGAUUCAAGUAAAUAUCAACUCAUGGAUUCUGCCGUGCAACCCAUAACUCCUCAACCUUUGUACAAUUCAAAUUUAGAGACUCUCAUACACAUAUCCGUUGAUUCAUUACCGACGAAACUUCACACGGACGUUCAUUUGUUGUAUGUUGCAACGUCGGAUGGUCUCAUAAAAAAAAUAUCCGUACUUCCAAGAACGAAAGAAACAUGCGUGGUCGAAAUAUGGAAACCUUCACCCUCGGGUAUAUCAUUACCGAUAAAAACAUUAAAAUAUUUAAAAGAAACGGAUUCCGUUUAUGUCGGUUUGGAAACGGGAGUGCUGAGAAUUCCCACGAGUCACUGCCACAGGCAUAAAACAAAGGCGUCGUGUCAUAAUGCCAUGGAUCCACAUUGCGGAUGGAAUGAACUCUUGCUUCAGUGUACAACCGCCCCCGAUGGUAAUCCAUUGAGUUCACAUUGGUUUCAAUCGGUUACACAAUGUCCGCUAUUGAACGUUCCCGUCGACGGUGGAUGGAGCGGUUGGUCGAAUUGGUUCACGUGUUCUCAUUUAGGAGAAUCCUCCACAUCUACGGAUGAAAGUAUCGAUAGGUGUAAAUGUAGGACCAGAGAAUGUAAUAAUCCAUCACCGAAAAACGGCGGAGCUCCUUGUUCCGGCAUAUCCGUUUCCGUAACCAAUUGCACGGUUCACGGUGCUUGGACGUCUUGGUCACCGUGGUCUCAAUGUUCACAAAGCUGUGGCAUAGCAAUAAAAACAAGAUAUCGUACUUGCGGUAAUCCAGCUCCGGCACACGGUGGCAGAGUUUGCGUCGGUCAAGAUCGUAAUGAAAUUUACUGCACGACGAAUCCUCCUUGUCCUUCUCAGACUCCACCACCUAGAGACGGUCAAUGGAGCGAAUGGUCACCGUGGGGUGAAUGUUCAUCACCGUGUGGCGGAGGAUUUAAAAUGAGGCGUCGUAAAUGUGAAAAUCCAGAUGGCGGUCAAGAUUGUCCCGGUUGUCAUUUAGAAUAUGAACCUUGUAAUACUCAACCGUGUUUAGAAGCUAAAAAACUUUCGGGUUGGACACCCUGGUUGGUUGUUGGAAAUUCAACGAGUCGAAACGGUUACACCGAAAAAAGAUUUAAAUUUUUAUGUAAAGCUCCGACUCCAGAUCCGGCUCUUAUUAAAAUAACACAAGCUAAAGAAGAUGAAAGAUUUUGUUACUCCUCAAGUUCUUGCACCAAAAAUGCUCGUACCGGAGACGGUGACGAUUCUUGGUCCGAAUGGUCACCUUGGUCAUCAUGUAAUAAAGAUUGCGGAGGUGGAAUCCAAGAAAGAAUGAGAGUCUGCGAAAGCAAAAACGAAGAUUGCGAAGGACAAUCCUACCAAAGUAAAUCUUGUAACACGCACAGAUGCAAAGGUGAAUGGAGCUGUUGGACCGACUGGUCACCUUGUUCCGUCACUUGCGGAAUCGGUCAACAAACUCGUUCGAGAGAUUGUUUUAAUUCCGGUACAUCGGAUAAAGCAGGAGCAAAUUGCGAAGGAUCUCCAUUCGAAUACAGGCCAUGCGAAAUGCAAAGUUGUCACUCAUUGCAAGGAUGGGACGAAUGGUCGGAAUGGUCUCAUUGCGACGACAACAGCGAACAACACAGGAGGCGCAAAUGUCUGACGACGAAUCCAGGACCCCAAUUGUGUCAGGGAAGAAACGUACAAGCUAGAAUUUGCGUUUCUAGUCAAAUAAUGGAUGCAAAUUUAGGACGCAGCAUGGCAAACACGGCCACGGCAGGAGUCGGAAUCGUUUUGGGUUGUUCCCUCGCCGCAUUUAUGAUCGGUUUGUUGGGAGCCAUCAUGUUGAUGUACUACUGUCAGAAAAAGAGAAAAGUUAGAAUUCCGGGGAGUCCGCAUUACAUAACAUCGAAACAAAAUUCAUACGUCACGGUACCACUGAGAGAACCACCCAAAAGGACUCCCUCGUCCGCGAGUAGCAACGUAUCAUCGUCCAAUUAUAAAACAACGGCCAUGAACGGAAACGGCGGUGGCAUCAUAUCGUCGAAAUUAUUUUCGAAACCGGCCGAAUACGAAACGGCAACGAUAAAAAGAAACAGUCAUCCAUUAUCGAACGGACACGCCUGCCAAUCGUGGCUACCGGUAAUUCGAUACGGUGAAUGA